UGGAGACAAAAUACAGCAGGCUUCUCUCUGCGCUGACGCAGAUACCCAAACUCAACUCUCAAAGGUCGCUCCUUUCUGCCUUCUCGCUCGUUGCUUCUCAUCUUGCUGUCUUCUUCUCUUCUCCUUCGUCUCCUCGUGUGCUAAUGCUCGCUGGUGGCCUUCGAAGAGGCUGAUGUCACCACCUCUGGAGCACGAUUGCAUCGUCCUAACGGAGCGCACCUCCUCGGCGACCGCUGCCGGGGAUGGGAUUCUCAACCUGAAGGAGACGGAGCUCCGUUUGGGCCUCCCUGGAUCGGAGUCACCCGACCGGUUUGACAAGGUUGGCCUCACCCUGGAGUUGCUACCGCCUAAGAGCUUCUUCACAGGCGCGAAGAGGGGAUUCGCUGAUGCCAUAGAUGCUGGAGCCGGGAAGUGGGGCCUGGCAGCCGGUGGGGAUGACUCUGAGAAGGAAAUGUCGAAAGGCGGUGCCUUGUUCUCUCCCAAGAGGGAGGGGGCUGGCGGUGGGAAGACGGCUGUGCUAGGGAGUGCCGCUAAGGAUGUGGGGACAAAGGCUGCCGGCCGCGAUUCGAAGAUCUCCGUGGGAAAUUCGGACGAAAUCCAGCGUGAAAUUCCUCCUGCUGCAAAGGCACAGGUUGUUGGUUGGCCACCAAUUCGUAGUUACCGAAAGAACACAAUGGCUACUAAUCCCCCAAAGAACAAAGAAGUGGAUGGAAAACAUGGGUUCGGUUGUCUUUAUGUCAAGGUUAGCAUGGAUGGUGCUCCUUAUCUCAGGAAAGUUGACUUGAUAACAUAUAGUGACUACAAAGAACUUUCUUUGGCACUUGAAAAAAUGUUCAGUGGUUUCACCAUUGGGCAUUGCAGCUCUCAAGAAAUUCCAAUGAGAGACGGGCUAUCUGAAAGCAGGUUGUUGGAUCUAUUAAAUGGAUCUGAAUAUGUCCUUACUUAUGAAGACAAGGAUGGAGAUUGGAUGCUUGUUGGUGAUGUGCCAUGGAAGAUGUUCACUGACUCCUGCAGAAGAUUGAGGAUCAUGAAGGGUUCUGAUGCAAUUGGACUCGCUCCAAGGGCCAUGGAGAAGUGCAAGAACCGGAACUAGGGGGAAAACGAUUAAUAUUAUAGCACAUAGGUUCUCCUUGGGAUCAGAAGGGUUUUAGUUAGCAAGCGUUCUAUAUCUGUUAUCUCUGUGAUUCGAGAUUUAAUAUUGACCAAGGCGUCGUUGCCUAAGACGUUGAUGUCUCUAUGACAUUGUUGGAGUCAUGCAUGCUUAAUUUCUCUGUUA